AUGAAGGGCUUUAUUUUAUAUUUCAUCGGUUUCUAUUCAACGUAUGCUAGUCCAGUUGCGAUGCUGGAUGACCAAUAUUAUUCCGGGACCAUCCUCAUAUCAGAAAAUACUCCAGGGCAAUAUGGAAUAGAAGACCUCACGCGAGAAGUCAUAUUCGAGGCUCCCCAAGAAUCUGAUAUCCAAUUAUACUUCCACGUCCGGAAUGGAUCAGCUGAUGGCGUCAAAGUGUAUACCAAUGACAGCGAAGGCAUCAUAUCCGCAGGAUUUUUCAAAGAAAAACACACUUUGUUCAUCGUCCACGGAUGGAGAAAUCAAUACGAUUCACCAGUCAUCGAGGUCAUAUCGAAAGCUGCCUUGGAUGCCCAGGAUAUCAAUGUUUUCGCCGUCGACUGGAGCAAGAUAGCGCUCCUGGAAUACCAGGAAGCAGUCUCGGCUGUUCCAGAAGUUGGAAGACUGCUUGGAGAGCUCAUAAAGCGCCUUGUAGCUAAUAAUGGACUGGAUUUGGCUAGCACAACUGUUGCUGCGCAUUCUCUGGGUGCUCAUGUUGCUGGGAUAGCUUGCGCUCAUGUUGGAAGCGAAUGUGAUGUUAUUGUAGGUAUGGACCCAGCGGGUCCACUAUUUUCUUACGACAAAAUAGAUGAACGUCUAGAUCCCAGUGAUGCCAAAUUCGUCCAAGUCAUCCACACCAGUGCCGGAUUAUUUGGUUUCCUGGAACCAAUAGGUCAUGCUGACUACUUCCCCAAUGGUGGAAGUGAUCAACCCGGAUGCGAAUCUGAUUCAAUCGGAGCAUGCGACCACGGGAGAGCCUUCCUUUACUAUGCUGAAUCCUUGACGACGGGUGAUUUCACGGCUGUCAAAUGUGGCAAUUACACUGAUUAUGAGAAUGGUAAAUGUGCUGGUCAGUCCAAAUCGUUUUUGGGUCAGUACCAGGUUGAUAAGAGUGCCAGAGGGAUUUACUUCUUGAAGACGCAUAGUUCUGCGCCAUAUGCAAUGGGAGAUAACAGCUGA